AUGGCCCUGUCCUGGGCUCCUGAUUCUGAUUGCCAGGUGGUUUAUUUGCAUUUUACUUGCGGUUCCCUUCUGUCAUUGUUACAUGAUCGAUAUGAUUGUGAAACCCUGAGACCUCUAUCUCAAGUUACCUCAAUGACAUUAUCUUUACUUAACAAGCAGCUUACAAGUCUGUCAACUGAGAAAGAUCUUUAAAAAUGGACCCUCUCACAAUGUUCGAAUUUGAAAAUGAUGUACAGUGUAAUGUUGAAAAAAGUGACAGAAUUCUUGGUGUGUUCACGCUAACAAUGUUGAAGGCUUUUCACCCUAACUACUAUGUGAGUCAGUUUCAUUGACAAAUCUGUGUCUGUGUGUGCACAGUCUUUCCAACGAAAUCAACUCAAGAAGAUUCCAAGAUGCCGGACACAAUUAUGUCCAAGGAACCCUCUUCCAACCUGGAGAAUGCCAUGCAGAUGCUGAUCAAAACCUUCCACAAGUACUCAGGGAAGGAGGGUGACAAGUACACUCUGAGCCGGGGAGAGCUGAGAGAGCUGUUAACAGAGGAGCUGGGGAGUUACCUAGGGAAUGCCCGGGAUGGAGAAGGGGUUGAGAAGGUGAUGAACGACCUGGACGCCAACAGCGACGGCGAGGUGGACUUCACAGAGUUCAUCAUCCUGAUGGGAGCCCUGACAGUGGCUUGCAACGACUUCUUCAUGGAAUACAAGCCCGAGAAACUUGUCCACACACCCUUUGAGAAAAAGGAGGCAACAGAGGAGAAGAAAGAGUGAAGGAAAAAUGGGAGGAGUGGGGAGGGACUGGGAGGAGGGAAGGGGGAGAUGGAUGGAAAGUGGCAAUGAACUGUGGAGCAACAGUGAAAGGGUACAAUUGAUGGUUGUAUGGUCAUCUUAUGCAAAUUUCUAAACAGUGCAAAUGAAAUGUGUGAAAAGAGGCUGAGGGAACUUCACUUCACUAAGUAAGGUUUCGCUGAUGGAAGAACAGUGUGUUCCAUCUGCAACUAUCCAAAUACUUUUCAUACCAUAGUUAAGUCACAGAUCCGGAGUCAGUUACUCUGUGUUCUCAAAUGCACGAGUGGCACUGUAUACAGUAGGGGUCGGCAACAGGUGUCCUGCAGGCCAAAACUGGCAUGCGAGUGAUUUUUUUUGCCCCCCCCCCCUGAACUUUUUGGUGAAAGAAAUAUUUUCUGGUGAUUUUAGUUUUUUUACUGUAAAAUCACCAGGAAUUCAGCAAAAAUGUGUUUAAUUUAGGAAAUCUGUUCAAGUAUUCACAUAAAGUUUUUUUUUUAUAUGUGAUCGUGUCUCAAUGUAAUCAAUGUAUGAAAUUAUUCAAAUACAAUCUCUUUUUGGGCUUAGUUGUGGUACAUUUGCAGUGCACAGAUUAUUAUAAUUAUGUUCCAGCCCUCUGACCAUCCUCUCCAACAAAAAUCAACCCCGGCUGAAUCUAGUUGCAUACCCCUGGUAUACAGGGUAGUAUGUGUGAGUUCAGUUGUGUUCUCUAUUCCGUCUCAAAUUCCAAAUCAACUGUUUAAAUGCUUUGGAUGCAUAUUCAGGAUGGAUUUAAUUGAAAGUAUGAAUUAUUUCAGUGGAUGUUAUUGUAACACACUACCACCAAUGGAGUCAGAUCUGGCCUAAAGCACAACAGGGUGAUACUAGGAGUGUCAUGAAUAUAAAGAUGAUAUCAUAGAUAUAACCUAUUCUAAAUAUUUAAGAUAUUUAUUAUGUACUCAGUGUUGAACAUUUGAAUAUAAUUUACAUUUCUUUGCACAUAUUUUGUAAUCGGUUUUUGGUAAUUACCAAUGUGUUCUUCCAAACAUUAAACAUGACAUUUAAUCAGC